AUGGCUGCACCCACCCCUCGUGCUGCCUUCGAGGCAGUCUUCCCCUCCUUGCGAGAGGCCAUGCUUGACCAUGCGAAGAAGUACAAUCUGCCCGAAAAUGCCCUGGAAUGGUUCAGCAAGAACAUCGACACGAACGUCCCUGGUGGCAAGCUCAACCGCGGCCUCUCCGUUCCCGAUACUGGCCUGGCACUUUUGAAGCAGCCAUUGACAGACGAGCAAUACAAGGACCUUGCUACGCUGGGCUGGCUGACCGAAUUGCUUCAGGCCUUUUUCCUGGUCAGCGAUGACCUUAUGGAUGGAUCAAUCACCCGCCGUGGCCAACCCUGCUGGUAUCGUCACCAGGGUGUCGGUCUGAUCGCCAUUAACGACGCCUUCCUCCUCGAGUCCGGUAUCUAUGUCAUCCUCAAGAAACAGUUCCGCUCCCACCCUGCCUACGUCGACCUGAUUGAGCUGUUCCACGAGACCACCUGGCAGACUGAGCUGGGCCAGCUGUGCGACCUGAUCACCGCGCCCGAAGACAAGGUCGACCUCGACAACUUCUCCAUGGAGAAGUACAUGUUCAUUGUCACCUACAAGACCGCCUACUACAGCUUCUAUCUCCCUGUUGCCCUGGCCCUCCACUACCUCCAGCUUGCUACCCCCGAGAACCUCCGCCAGGCCCACGACAUCCUCAUCCCGCUCGGCCAGUAUUUCCAGGUUCAGGACGACUACCUUGACGCUUACGGCGACCCCGAAGUUAUUGGAAAGAUUGGAACGGAUAUCCAGGAUAACAAGUGUUCUUGGUUGGUAAACCAGGCCCUGCAGCGUUGCAACGCCGAGCAGCGCAAGGUGCUCGACACUGCAUAUGGCCGCAAGGACGGUGAACUCGAGGCCAAGGUCAAGGAGCUCUUCCGCGAAUUGGACCUGGAAACGGUGUACAAGGAGUACGAGGAGAAGAUUGUCGGCGAGCUCAAGACGAAAAUUGCGGCCGUCAACGAGGCGGAGGGAUUGAAGAAGGAGGUUUUCGAAGCCUUCCUCGGCAAGAUCUACAAGCGCAGCAAAUAA